AUGCUUUCAUUUUCACUCGCCAUUUUAUGCCAGGCUUUCUGUAAACACUUUGGCAAAAGGUACCGGUAUUUCGAGAGUCUGUUUCCAAACAGACUGGCUUCUGGACGAACGAUCUCGUUUACGCUGGUGAUUGAUUAUGGGGCGAUUCCCACCGCUAACGGUACAGUUGCUCUUGCCUGCUCUUGGAUGUUCUGCGGGACACGCCAUCAAGUCCAUCUCACUCGCCAAGAAACGCGCAUGCGUAUCGGUAUCGUCACGCUAGCGGCCGGCGUCGUGCUGCUCAGCACGUCCCUCUCCGCCGAUGCUGCUAUCGAAACCAAAACAACCGCAGUAGAGCCCGUUACCAACCCGUCGCUACGGAGCGGAACCCGGUGGACCGAGAAAUCAAAGGUUAACGAUGCCGAUGGCCUCGACUUCAGCAACGUCGAAGACACCGACUCGAGUGACGAAGAACUUUCGCCAUCUGCAAAAGUGGUUGAGAAUGAAGAGAGGACUCUUGUCAAACCUUCCGCGUCAAUGGAUUCGUUCUGGGUGAAGGCAUUCUACAAAAUGUUCCCGCAUGUCAAGCCUCCGGCCGCCGACAUCAGGCACGUCCCGCUUCGCCCGCCUCGUUUUGUAGAUGCUGGCGACGGUUUGGUAAAAAUCGCCCACUGA